CUCACUGUGGUGCCGGGGGAGUCUGGGCAUGUGCAGAGCGGAGCGGGCCGGGCCGUUCGCCGCGCCCAACGCGCCCCGGGGCUACGAGAACCGCCCGAACCGUGCCAGGUGCGGCCGGGAGAGGUGAGAUAGAGCGGGGCAGGAUGAACAGCUCGGAUGAGGAGAAGCAGCUGGAGCUGCUGGCCGGCGUGAAGGACACAGCAGCUGGAGAGGGAAUGGCUUCCUCCAACGUGCAGUUCAAUUCCCAGUCACAUACAGAUAUUGGCGAAUAUGAAGAGCUUAGAGCAGAAAAUAAGAAAGCAAAAGAAGAGUGUGACAAAAUCAAGCAAGAACGAGAUGAGGCUGUCAAAAAACUGGAGGAGUUUCAGAAGAUUUCUCACAUGGUUAUUGAGGAAGUAAACUGUAUUCAGAAUCAUCUUGAAAUUGAGAAGACAUGCCGUGAAAGUGCUGAGGCUUUGGCUUCUAAGCUGAACAAAGAAAAUAAGACCUUGAAACGAAUUAGUAUGCUUUAUAUGGCAAAGCUGGGCCCAGAAAUUAUCACUGAAGAGAUUAACAUCGAUGAGGAUGAUCCAUCCACAGAUACGGAAGCUAACUCUGGAUCAUGCAAUUCUGUGCAUUGUCAACAGCAAAUAAAAGAGCUGCGAGAUCAAAUCAUAUCUGUUCAUGAGGAAAAGAAGACCUUAGCCAUUGAACUGGAAAACCUGAGGUGCAAACUUGUAGAAGUAAUUGAAGAAGUGAAUAAAGUGAAAGAAGAAAAGGCUGCUUUGACAACAGAAGUUAAUAAACAGCAAAAACUGUUGGAAAAAUGUAACAGAGUGUCAGUGCUAGCAGUAGAGGAGUAUGAAGAGCUUCAUGUAAACUUUGAACUGGAAAAGAACCUACGAAAGAAAGCAGAGUCGUUUGCUCAAGAGAUGUUUAUUGAACAAAACAAGAUGAAAAGGCAAAGCCAGCUGCUUCUGCAGAAUUCUGCCCCCGAUCAGCAGCUUCUGAAGGCGCUGGAUGACAAUGCUAAGCUAACCCACGCGUUAGAAGAAGAGAGGCUUCAGCAUCAACAAAAGGUCAAAGAAUUAGAAGAGAAGCUAGAAAACCAGGCACUGCAUAAGGAGAUUAGUCGCCUUAAACAGCAGCUGGAACUCUUAGAAGAAGAUAAAAAGGAACUAGAGCUUAAAUGUCAGAACUCUGAAGAAAAAGCAAGAGACCUAAAGCAUACAGUUGAUGAACUUCAAAAACGAAUACAUCAAUCUGAAAAUCCUGCACCUCCUCCUCCGCCGCCACCACCGCCCCCUCUCCCUCCUCCACCUCCUCCUAACCCCAUACGGUCUCUCAUGUCAAUGAUUCGCAAGCGGUCUCACGCCAACACCAACGUGAGCAAGAAGGAGAAACCCCCUCAGCAGGAGUCAGGUGAAGAAGUUACGGAUCUGAAGAGACAAGCUGUUGAAGAGAUGAUGGACAGAAUUAAGAAGGGAGUUCAUCUCAGACCAGUCAACCAGUCAAGCAGACCGAAAACAAAGCCAGAAACACCAAAGCCCUCUGAAAGUGCAAUGAAAGAAUUAAAAGGGAUUCUGGAAACACUGAACAAAUCCACUAGUUCCCGAAGCUUGAAGUCCCUCGAAACAGACAGUGGUGAGACAGAGCUGGAACGAGUUCUGCGGCGUCGGAAAGUGACCACUGACCAGGACAGUGGCAAUCCCACUGGAAUCUUGGCCACGUCAGAAUCCAAAUCUCUGCCUGUGUUAGGUUCAGAAGCCAGCGGUGUGCAAACAGCAUCGAAGAAGAAAGAUCUAGAGACAGAUUUCAGUUCCAAAGCACCCGAUUCAGGUCCUGUUUCCAACCAGCUGAAAGAUGUCACAGGUUCCAAAGUUUUGCUACAAUCACCGAGUCAUACGGAGUUGUCAAGAAAAGCUUCUACUAGUGAAAAAGAGACAGAGUCUGUUGUAGUGUUAGAUCCCGUGUCUGCUGGUGGACAUCGGAUGACUGAAAACGCACUGAAUCAGAACAAAACAAAGGAAGAAAAAAGCGCGUCGCUGCAUAAAGAAAGUAAUGUUGAGAAAAUAAGAGAGACAGACAGUUCUAACUGUUAAUCCCCGUUCUGAAAGGCUGUAGCUUUUGGGAGUCACGUCAAUCUCUUAGGUGCUGUACUGGGGGCUGCAGCCUGUGCUCCAGUUGUCAGUAACAUGGAUUGAAAUGGUCUUUUGUAUGCAGUUUUGUUACGUGCAGUAGUGUUAAAUAAUGAUAUAUCACUCAAAAUCCCUUUCCCUGUUUAGUUUUCAGGUACGGUUUAUAUAUCUUUAGGUAUGGACGGUUGCCUUACUUUUCUUUAAACUGCAUUUGAAAAGGCUUUUUCAGUUAUUCUUUUAUUGAGAAGCUGCUCUGCUAAAGGUCCAGAAGCCCCUCAUGUCCCUGUUGAGUUUGGGACAGAGCCUAUGCAGAUGACUGCGCUCCCCUCAGCUUUACUAUGGGGGUAUUUUGAUAAUUAAAAAAACAAAAGCAAAGCAAUUUUUAGACACGUUGCUUUAAAAAUAUUUUGAUAUCUACUGAUGAAGUUUUGUACAUCUGCACACAGCUGCCUCCAUGCCGGCCACUUGGAUGACGCUGAAAGCACAAAACGUAACAUUUCUGUUGUAGUUUCCCAAGCACACAGCAAACCCGGAGGUGGAGGCAGCUCAGCGUGUCGUUUUGUCACCAUGGCUUCUGGUGAUGAUAGUGCCAGAAGUCUGUGGGGAGAGAGCGGUGCUCUCUUUUGGAUCAACACCUCUUCAAAUGAGGAUUUAUCUCCUGGUUUCUCUUUCAGUCUUACGUAGCACUUUGGUACAGAUGCAGCUGAAGUCUGCGUGUGCUGCUGCAAGAAUGAGUUAUCGUGGGCUUCUCGGAAUUCCUGCAUUUGGGAUGCAGCCAUUCUAGGACUGCAGGUCAUUUGGAGUCAACAUCAUGAGACGUUUCCCGGUGAAACCCAUAGCAUCAACAAAGAAUCCUUUGCUUUGAUCCUAGUACAGAGCAGGGGUUUGAAGUUCUCUUUUAGGUAACACUUUAGAUUUCUGUAGUUGGUAACACAGCUCCUUGUCUCCCUCAGCCCUGAUUUCCUAUGAGGACAGGGAGGUUGGUGCAUCGCUGACUUGCUGCGCUGCCACUUCCUGUUCACUGUAGCUUGUUUUUAAAUCCAGCACAAUAUCUCAUUCUUUUAUAGUGAACAAACCAACAUCAUCAGGGAACAAAUGCAAAACCUAAGGAGGAUCGGUGUAACUGAAAUUGCGUGGUCGCGUACCUGAAUGCACUUGGGUUAUUUUCUGUUUAAUGGUUUGAAACAGCGAUAGUGCUGAAGGAUGACUGUUCUGAGUUUGUUAGUUUGGCUCUGCAUGCAACUGUCUGGUGCUUUUUCUCCAAGUGAAGUGAUAGUAACGAGUGUGGUGGUUUCACAGCUUUUCUGGUGUUUCUGCAUGUUUGCUAAGAUAAUCCUGGAUUUGAUCGAAUUACUGAACUGUGUUUAAUUGCUAAACCUGGGGAAAUUUGUCUCUCCUUAUCUGACGCUUUGCUUUCUGGAGGGUAGUGGUGGUUAAUUUUUCACUCGUGUCUAUUACAGUCUAUUACACUGAAUAUAAAAUGCAGUGUUUUAUAUAUGCCCUUUUCCUUGAAUUAUUACUGCUGUAUGAUAUAUGUUCAAAUUUUCAAAUUAUAAAAAAAAAAAAGUUUAAAAAAAACAAACAACCCAAACUUCUUUUAUGUGAACUCUUUGUUACCUGCAACAUAAAUAAUUUAUUUAUCUUUUCUCUGGUGCUUAUUAAAGAGACUACUGACGAGUUUCCCAGACCUUGUGAAGUUGUUAUUCCUUGCUUCAGACUGAAGCGAGCUUCCUAGUGAUGCAAAUUACAGCUCUGUGCCCUACAUUUGGAGUUUGCACUGAUGCACUUGUAUUGAUAGCUCGCUAGAACUGGAGCGACAUUUCCCUUGUAGGCCAGAUCUAAGAGCAGCAUUGAGGGUUGUGUGGGGGGGAUGGAGCAGCGUUAACAGUCAGGGCCUUUGUUUUUGUGUAAAAUGCUAUUUUUUUUUGCUGUUUGUCACUGGCUUGCUCUUUGUGUGGAGAGAGAGCUCUGCUUUCUCAAAACAAACAUUUGGUUUUGAAGUUAACACAGAGGUUUUGUCAGCUUGUAAAUACAGCAUAGAAUUUUGCGGUGUUUUCAAACUGCAGUCAGUGUUCAGUUAACUUGGUUUCAGCUGAAAGCAAUGGUCUCCUGGGGAAAGAGAAAUGAGCGUUUGAAUGCUUUUAAAAAUUUUUAGCUGAGGUGCUGGAAAAUAAAUGGGUUAAAGAACAGGCAGUGAAUGGAUUCCUUACCAAAAAUAGUGCUCAGAAAUUUACCUGACAGACAGUUAUUUUGGGCAACCUAGGUCAGUGUGCUGCUCUCCAGGAGCUGAGCAGGCGUGUUGUGACCCUGCAGGGCUGGCACAGUGAGCUCUGAAGGCACCGAAUCUUGCUGUGGGGGAGGAAGGAUUUCAGACUCUUGUUCUUCUGGCUGUAAUUCUUCAGUGAAAUCAGUAAAUUCAAAAUUGGCAUCAUACCCUGCAUUAGAAGAAAAUAAAGAAGCUUGUUCUUUGCUCAAAUUUGGUUUCUUAUAAUGUUCUCUGAUGCACUCAGAUUUUCUUUCUAAACGUCUAGAUAAUGUUUACAUCAGUCUUUAAACAUCAUGAAAGUUUGGUCUUAAGAACCAAAUGGUUACAGGGUUAGGAUGUGGUGCAGGGAGGUGGAGGUGUGUCUGCCUGCAGCAAGGACAGAACUGGAUGAGCUGUUGGGUCCCUUUCACCUCAAACCCUUCUAUGAUUCCAAACAGCCUGAGCUGGGAUAUUUAUUGCAUUUCCUUCUUCACAUACCACCUCACCUGUUGCUUACUACCCUCACUUUUGCUGCCCUUUCUUUGAUCAUCCAUAUUCCUCUGCACUGGUGUUCUUGCAGAUGUUCCCACUAGCUGCCUGUGCCUCCUUCCUCCUCAACCCCAGUCUAACAACUUUAUAUAAGCUCAGGUUCAGAUGUUGCUUUUGACACUUAACACCUCACUACUGUUUUUCCUCACAUCACACUCACUGCUGAUUUUUUGUUUGUAUCUUUUUUUUUUUUUCCGUGCAUACAAAGUCUGCCCAUUCACUGAAUAGGUCACAUCUGUCUGUGAGUUCCCAGCAAAGGGUUGACCAGUCUGUGAUUUCAUCUUACAGCAGUUGUCGUCUGCCUUUCAGGUGCACUCACGGACUGAAACAUAGUGUCAGCAUUGGGGAGAGUUCUGUGUGAUCUCAGAGCCUGACAGUGAGAGAGGAAGGCAGCAGGCAGAGCCUGGCUCCCUGUAGCUGCAGUGCUCCUGGGCCAGCUGUGUGCCCCAUUCAACCAGUCCUAACGGGGACUCCUGAUGGGUCAAUGUCACCUUCCAUCCACGAACCAUUUACAGAGACCUCCAUGCUCAGCCCUCCAGUGUAUUUUGUAGCUUGCAGCCCAGCCAAAUGAAGAGUUUGGUAUGCAGCUCAGACAUGCUAUCUCAGUAUUUCCCUGCUGUUGAUUUAAUUACUGGAUUUCAUUUCUGCCAAAUGAUUAACAGCUUCAGGAAUUGUUGCUAUUUCAUUUUAUGAGGUGCAGUUUUAAACAUGUCAAACUCAAGCCUUUUUGUUUAGACUAUAUCCAUCUGAAUAGGGGAUAUAUCAAUAUUGCUAAGGCAGUGAAAGGUCACUGUUCUUUGUAAUUAUUAUGACUUGGUUUUGAAAACACAUUCUAUGGAACUCAUCAAAACAAAUCUGUGUACAUUUCUGGUUGUGGUUUUUUUUUUAAUGACAACUGUGUGAGCAAGUGAAAAAUGUCCCAGACUUGAAAUAUUUUCAGCAGUUUCUUUUUUUGCUUGUCAAAUGUUGCUAUUCCAUGUGUAGAACAUAAAGAAAACAAUAACAACAAUAGAAACAAGGUCAGAUGACUUAGUUCUCUUUCAUUUUCCUUCACUUAGCCAUAAUAAAUUUGUGCAAACUCUUUCCUUCCUUCCUGCCUUCCUGUGCCUCUGCCCUCCCACCCCCCAAGACUGUAUGCCUUUAUCCUGUCUUGAUAGAUACCUGAGCAAGUGAGAAGUGGCUCUAAUGGUGUAAAAAGAAGAUGCAGAUGAGGAAAUGCAGGCAGAUGCAUACCAGUGGCUAAGGCUAAAUGUGCAUCCUCAACUUGGAUUUGCCUUGGGUUUUAUUUAGUACUUACCCAUGCAAAUGUAACUUUCCAAACACAUUUUGCUGUACAUAUGGCACACAAAAGGAUGGUGAAAUGAAGUUUUGCUAGCAGUAUAUAUUUAGGGGCUUAAAGGAAGUGUGGGCUAUUGGGCCUAAAAUUCCAUUUUGGCAGCUUUUCGGAGUGUUAUCUGCAUGGUUUUUGUUUUGUUCCUUUUGCACCGUGGGCUUCAAGACUCCUACCAAUUAAUUCUGGAAAAAGGCUUAAUGUAGGCUACUCCUCAAGAAGGGGUCUAUUUUAACAUUCAGUAAACAGAUAAUCCAUUAGGACAACAAUAUACAUUGUGGCAAGUGCUAUCCUAGGUUUUUUUUGUCAGCACUUAUUUAUAGUCUUUUGAUUUCACUUCCCUCCUGCGGUGCAGUUUCAAUCAUUCUCCCUCCAAUCUUUGUUCCCGUAUUCAUUGCAAGCUGAAAACAAAGUAAGAAAGAAGCUCAUACGUAGCGUUCUAUUCUUGGCCAGUUCUUCCUCUAUAGCAAGAAGGCGGUUGUAUUUGGUCACCCUUUCUCCGCGGGAAAGACCUCCCAACUUGACAAACCUGGCACCCAGUCCAACAGCCUUGAAACGAGAAAGUGCGUAUUUUAAACCUAUUUGCUUUGGGGAGUGAAGUCAUUUGUAAUAAUUAUACAUGGUACCCUACUUCCAACUUAACAAUUUUCUUAUCUUUUUACAGAUAAUAAACCUCCUUUAAGCAGAAUUAAAAUCUCCCGAUGAGAGAUUUGCUGGAUGCAAACAAUAAUUUUCACUGGCAUACAAGGUGGAAUUUUAUUUGCAAAGGUAGCUUUAAUACAAAAAGCCUAAAUAUAUCACUGUUUAACAAUUUUAUAGCUAAUAUUAUUACCAUUCGGAAAUGUUUUAAGUAACUCACUUUUUUAUAAACUAAUGCAACCAAAUAGAUCAUAUACCCUUGUGAAUAUGCUCCCUGCUUUGGCAAAUUUCCUGCAUCUUCUUUUUAGACUCAACGAUUAACUCUCUGUGAGGGAAUAAAAAACAACCCUAGAAAAAGGCCGUUUUGUAAAGUGUUUCUUUCUCACACAGAAACAGGCUUUCUCCUAAAAAAUAAUUCCUGUUCAAAGCAGUGUUUUGGCAAUUCUGCAAUGGAAUAGCUUUCAGUACUUACCAGAUCCACAAGGCUAUCAUCAGAAGAUUCUCCAUCUGGACUUCCUAAUAUGAUGAAAUGCAACUCACUUCACGAAAAUGGGAACUAUUCUGGUUUGCUGCAGUGAUGGCAUUAACGGGAUCUACUAAGGCAAUAAUAGAAGGAAAUUUAUUAACCAGUUCCACGUACGUGUCGACCAUUUCAUCAGGACUUUUGAACGUUCCAACACUCCACAAAAGCACGAGUUCUUAUCUGGUAAGAUUUUAAUCAUCUCACCAUGGGAAGCACAGCCAGCAUGGCAUUUCCAUCCCACUAUUUGGAAACUCAUCUGUAAACUACAGAUUAUGAAGUGGAAAUAAAGAAACAAUAAAACAACAAAAGAUCAUUUGAGUCAUGCAAAAUAACGCCCUGCCACUAUUGUGAGUGCUGCCCUUCAGCUUCUUUUUCUUAUCUGCCAUUAUCUAUAACCUCAAGCAGGAUCAGGGAAUUCAAUGCAGCAUGACUAAGAGGGGAGUUAAAUUUCCAAUGUUUAGGAAGCAGCACGAUACACAAGUCUUACAGGUAACGGUUGUGGGCUUACAAGAUCAGAGGUGCUUGUACACUGCUAGUGCUACAGGCCUACAGAACAUUCUGUUGGAUUACUUAGUAGGUUUUCAUUUUCUAUAUCAGAAAAAAUGCCCAGGUUCCAGAAGUAUUCCCCCUUUCUGUUACUGUUCCACAGGAGGGAAUGGUGUAGUCAGAAGAAUCCAAAUUAUUACAUGAAAUAGGGGCAUGUGGUGUAUUUAAAAUGGUAAUGCAGAUUUAUGUUUCAUUUCUUAAGAACAUUUUGGUUCCCUUCAGUUUUUAAUACCUUACUGAAAACUUAAAAUCUCUUUUCUUACCGAAGCUUUCUUCUCUUUACUUUGUGCUUUGCCUUUCUUACUGUCUGCUAGUUGAGGAUUGGGCUGUUGGCAUUGAAGGAAGAGAGAACCAAUGAAACAAUGCCAUGUAAAGGUCCAAAAAUAACAGACUUUACAUUAAAAAAAAAAUAAAGUUAAUGCCUUGACCAAAUUUUGGCUUUAAGAGAUUGCAUAUAUUUAAUUUAGGAGAUAGUAUUCAAGACAAGGAAACUAUAAGCAAUUAACUCAUCUUAUUUUGAGGUGGUAGCUCAUUUGAAAUAUUUAUUUCUAUGCAUGCAUCACCCAAAACAUCAGUUUUUCAAAAUAUUUCUACCAUUCCCACAAUACAGAGCUCUAAGAAAUAUGCAAAAAGCAUAUGGAAAUACUGAGCUUGAUAAACUACUGCAAUAAUACUACUUUGAACAAUACAUGAUUUGUUUGUGUGAGACUUAGCAGAAUCAGAAACAUACAGCAUAUGUUCGCUGUGACAGUAUUCUUCCCUAGCAGACUUUUCAUGAUGUAUGUAAUGAAAUAGAAAAGUCUUCCUAUACCUAGAAUGAUGUUUUAUUCUGUCUUCAUUAAUGUAAUAUCACUAAAUGCCCAGUGUUUUAUUCAUCAGUCAGGGAGCAAUAAUUCUAUUCUGUGCAAUAAGACUAAAUGUGAUAAUAUGCAAAAUAUUCUAUGUUUAAUGUUAAACAGACAAUAGAAAUAGAAAGGCCAAAUGAAGUACAUCACAUUAAUAACACAUUUUUAUUGUACCCCUUUCCCUGCAGGCUCCAGCAGUCUCAUCAUUUCUUUUUGAAUGUCCAGAGCUCUUUCAAUGCCCUGAAAUUAAACAUCAUUAUUCUUCAUAAGAAAGAUCAAUUAUUUCAUUUUAACUGCUUGAAUCAGAGCACUUCCAAACACAGACCUCAAUAUAAAGUCUUUAAAAAAUAUAUAUUACAGACUUCCUAAACACAUUUUUCCUCCGAGUGUCCAGAGCUAAAGGAUUAGUAGCAGUGGAAUGAACAGAAAUAUUUGAUUAUGCCAUUAAAAACAACGGCAAAAAAGUGGCCUCUUCCACUAAAAAAAAAAACAACAAACCCUUUCCAAGUGAAACAAGUAAGCAACAUCUUGAUCUGCCUAAUAUUCAAGAGUGGGAGUGUCCACAACUGUGAAUAUCUCUAAGGCUACCUAACUGAAAACUGACGUUUCCAGACAGCAGGGAAAGAAAUGCUGUCUUUGUUUCUAGAACUAGGGAAUGGAGGAACGCUCCACUAAAAUCAAUCUGCUGCUUUUAACACAAGACUGGUUUUGGCUGAGUUAGGGAAAGUUUAAUGCUAACUCCGUAAAUCACAUUUCACGUUUCCUUUAGCUGUGCCUGUAAAAGAAAACUGAAAAACUGAAGGGGGCAGAAGUCAGUCACAGCUGACAGCGUAUCAGCACAGGGGGAACUGCUGUGCUGACUGCACUGCAGCGAACAGCUUGCUGCUCUCCCUUGGGCACUGGGAGGAAUUAAGUCUUUGAGUAGUAAGGAAUUGGUAACCUUAUUAUGAGCUCUAUGUGACAGUUCUGAAAAGUUAAAGGAAAAGGAAGAAGAAAGAAUCAAACUCAGCUAUUUGUUCAGGACACCAGCAUACAAAAUAGAAAUCACAGCCCUAAUGUAGGCAUCUUGUGCAGAUACAUUCUUUAAUGCACCAUAUGGCUAAACAAAAAGAGGGUGUUGACCCAGUCUGUCUCAUCCAUCCUUCCUGCCCCUUGAAUAGAUUUUGUCCUGCUUUGUAUCCCCUUCUAGCUUCACAAUUUCAUUUUUAAAGCAGUUUAUUCUCAAAGAUUCGAUGCUCUGCUGUGAAUUUGUUGGUGUUUCUGUUUGGUAUGUGCUACAAAUAACUAACAGUAUUUAUCACCUAGGAAUGUAAAGUCACAUUUUUGAAAAGACUCAAGUGUUUUAUAACAGAUAUCUGUAUCUUCUUUAAUGCACUGAUUUGUUUCUGGUAUUCUAACACAUAUAUCCAUUUCAAAACGUUAAAACUUGGGCCAUACAAGUAAACAAAAAAUGAAAAAUGCACUUUCUAAGGAUUCUACUGAAAAGUUCGAUGUGCUCACUCACGUAUAUAUGAAAUGUAUAGAAUAUAUUAACUAAAAAAAUAGGAUGUAUUAUUAAAAACACCAACAAAACAAUACCUGUUUGAUCGAUAACUGAACUGGUGGUAUGAGCAUAACUUCUUUCAUUAAUUUGAGUUUUGCAAGUGACAAUUUUUCACAGCUCAACAGAGUAACCAUUGGGAGUGGCAGAGUCAUUUCUUUAGGUGAAUCCUGUCAUUGAGAUUGGAAGUGGAAAAAAAAA